ACUCGCCGCUGCUGGGAGCGUUGUCCGGUGGAGGGGUGCAAGAGGUUUACUCCCCCGGCCUGCUCGUGCCCCUGGCCGCCCCGGACUUCAGCAUGCCGUACAACGUCAUGUGCCUCUCCUCCACCCUGCUGGCCGUGUACUUUGGCGUCGUUCUUAACCUGCUCACCAGACGACCCAGGGAGACGGGGGAGGGUGACGGUGGUGGAAGCAAGCAUGGGGCGGGGACCGGCGGCAGUAGUAGCGGAAGCGGAGGCGGCAGCGAUGGUGUUGGUUCCCGCCGCAUUAGGCGUCGCAAGGCAAUGCAAGCAGUGGUGGUGGUGGUGGUGUUUACGGGGCUGGCGGUUUACCUGGAUGCGGAAUUGAGGGAGAGUAUUGAGGGGGUGCUGGAGGGCCUGGGGCUGCAUGUACGGCAGCAGGCGGCGGCGGCGGAUUGCGGAGCGCAGGCUUGCUUUGAGGGGCAUCGAGCUCCCGGCCAUUGAGGCCGUUGAGAUUACGCGUGCUGUAAUGGCUGUUGGAUUGGUUCCGGUGGUGGCAGUGUGCAGGUGACGUACUGAAAUGUGCCUGGGAGUCGUCGGCGUGACGCUCACCACGGGGUUAGCAUUGCAGCCGCGCAUCGUCCCGGGCUUCAGCGGGAAGUCGAUCAUGGAGUCCUCACGUCCUACCCGGCACCCUGGGCGCCCCUAGGUGCCCACACGUCGCAUGCUGCUGCUUGUGUGCCCUGCCACGCGUGCUGCGGCGUGCUCCUAGCUCCUAGGGGGCCACCGUGAUCGCACAGACGGGCUGCUGGGCUGCCGACACGACUCCUGACUUCGGCUCCUAGAGACAUGUAACAAGCAAUACAAGGGGG